AUGAAUCGCAUCAACGAAAUUUGUACUACGACUGACGUCAAUUCGUGGCGUUUUGUACCAGGAACUCUGAACCCAGCAGACAAUGCUACAAGAUAUGUACCACUAUCAUCGACCGAGAAUUUCAGAUGGUUAACCGGUCCAUCCUUCUUAAUCGAAAAAGAAUGCAAUUGGCCAGACCAAAACCACAAUGUCAUUCAAAGUGAAGAAGACGAAAAUAUUACCAACUUUCAGUCAACCUUUAACGCAAUACCAGAGAAAACAUCCUUUAUCAAAUGGGAAAGUUAUUCCGAAUGGCAAAAACUCUGUCGCCACAUUGCGUGGAUUAUCAAAUUAAAACAAAAUUGGUUGUUAUUAAAGAGGGGAGGGUCUGUACGUGAAAAAUUUGAUUACCUGACCGUUGAUGAAAUUGAAGCAACAAAGUUACAGUUGUAUAGCAUCUCACAACAAGAAUCCUACCCAUCAGAAUUGCGAAAACCUACAAUCAUACAAGGAACUACCAAAAAGAUCACCACUUUGAGACCAAUAAUGCAAAACAAUUUGAUUCCACUCACUGAUAUAAACUAA